AUGGCGAAAAUACGACGAUCAGAAUCAGUACUCUCGCAAUCAAUAGUUUCUACAUCAGAUCAACCUCAAGAAAUCACUCAAUAUGGUGGAAGAGAGAAGACAAUAUUGAUCAGCGUUUUAAAACAAACAUUAUUACCAUUCUUUAUUGCUGGACUAGGACAGAUUUGCAUUGGGCUAUUUUUUGAACGAGCACAACAUUGGUGGUUUUUUUUAUAUGUACCUGAGGCAUUUAUUCUGGUACCAGCUUUACUUGGCCUAAAAGGCAAUCUUGAAGUAACCUAUGCAUCACGAUUUUGCACUUUGAGUAAUGCAGGUCAAACGAAUAAUGCAGGCGAAAUUUUUUUUAUUGCUCGAUUUAAUUUAUGUCUUAUUGAGAUGCAAGCAAUUGUUUUAUCAUUUUUUGCAGCUUUAUUAAGCAGUGCAAUUAGCUUAAUUAAUUGUGAUUUUAAGCACUCUCAUAUAACAGUGAUACUUUCAAGUGGUAUUUAUACAGCAUCGUUAUCAUCUUUUGUUGUUGGCUUUGUAAUGAUAGCUAUUGUUGUUUCAUCUCGCCGAUAUGGCAUCGAUCCUGAUAAUAUCGCUGCGCCACUUAUCGCAACUUUUAGCGAUUUUAUCACAUUAAUUAUGCUUAUUGGUAUAGGAAUGUUAGUAGUUCAUAUAUACAUUCAUAAAUUAUACAUUUUCAAUAUUGUACUAUUGAUUUGUUUAUUCUGCACAACACCAUUUCUUGCUUACUAUGCUGCAAAAGAACCUCGGACAAGGUCUAUUCUAAGGGAUGGUUGGUUUGCUGUCACAGCAGCUAUUAUUGUCGGAUGCUGUAGCGGCUUACUACUUCAGUCAGCAAUUGUUGUUUUUCCAGGUAUUGCUGCACUUCAUCCACUUAUUACAGGACUUGCUGGUAAUCGUGUAAGUGUACAAUCCAGUCGUCUUGCUACAGCAUUACAUUUAUCGGAAUAUUCACUCGGUAAACUUCCGGCUGGUACAACUAUAUGGACUUUUUUAAAUCCAUUACGUUUUUUAUGUUUACGCCAUUUGGAUUCAAAAGUGGCAAUUUUGCUAAUAGUAACAGCGAUUCCAUACAAUUUUCUCUUUGUCGUUGUGGUUAUUUUUACAGCAAAAAAUGUUAACUUUAGUUGGAUUUUUGUUGGAUCAUACGUUAUGGCUGCUCUUGUGCAAGGUUUUCUAUUAUUUUACUUAUGUCAAGUGACAGUUUAUGGAUUGUGGUGGUUCCGGAUGGAUCCAGACAAUAGUUCGGUACCGGUUUUAACAUCCGUUGGUGACCUUCUUGGUAUUGGUCUACUUUAUAUUGUCUUUUUAUUUCUGCAUCGUUUCGCUCCUUCAACUGUUCUUUAUCAACAAUAUCAAACAAUGAAUAUAACACGACAAUGCGGUAUUGAUUUCUGA